AUGAGUGAACAGACACAUAAUCACCCUCUCCAGUCUGUCGAUGUGAUCAACGAAGUGACCAAGGCCAUCGACGACGCCAGCGAGGAGCUGCGUGCCUUGAACCUCGAGAUCUUCAAUAAUCCUGAAAUAGCAUUCCAAGAAGUCAAAGCCUGCAAACUCCUCUCCGACUGGCUCGAGCAGCGCGGAUGGACCGUCCGUCGCGGGGUCUACGGAAUCGAAACCGCGUUUGAAGCGCGCUUCUCCGUCAAAGAGGGGGGUAGAACUGUUUGCUUCAAUGCCGAGUAUGACGCCCUCCCCACAGUCGGCCACGCCUGCGGCCACAACCUGAUCGCCACAUCGGCCCUCUCCUCAGCCAUCGGCCUCGAAUCCAUCCUAAAAACGCACUCCAUCCCCGGCACACUCGUGGUAAUGGGCACCCCCGCCGAAGAAUCCCAAGGCGGGAAAUGGCUCAUGGCGCAGCACGGCGCCUGGAAAGGGUUCGACUCGUGUGUAAUGACGCACGGGAUGCCGGAUUUCAGUACCCCCGUAUGCUGCACCAAGGCAUCAUGGAAACUGCGCGCCAAGUUCAGGGGUAAAUCCGCGCAUGCGGCGGCGGGACCUUGGACGGGGAAGAAUGCCUGUGAUGCGAUUGUGCAUGCGUAUACGGGCAUUGCGUUGCUCAGGCAGCAUAUUCAGAAAAGUGAGAGUAUUCAGGGGUGUAUUUUGGAGGCGGUGAAGGCUGCCAAUUUGAUACCGGAUUAUUCGGAGGGGUUGUUUAGUGUUCGGGCUAUGACGGUCAAGGGGGUGGAGGAGUUGAAGGAACGUGUGGAGGCGGUGUUCUAUGGGGCUGCUGGGACGACGGGGUGUAAGGUUGAGUUGGAGUGGUUUGCGCUUUACGAGGACGUCGUGACGAAUGAUACCCUCGCGGAGCAGUACAGACAAUACAUGUUGCAGUAUCUGGGUUUGCAGCCGGAGCAGAUGAUACCGUUGAACGAGGCUAGGACGGUUCAUGACUCGGCAGGAAGCUCCGAUUUCGGGAGCUGCUCGUACAUCUGUCCCGGCAUUCAGGCAAUGUUCGACAUCAAGGCGCCGGAUCUGCCGCAUUCAAUCGGAUUCCGCGAGGCAGCGCAGGGCGAGAUUGCGCAUAGAGAGGCACUUCGGGCUGGAAAGGCCAAUGCUCUUAUCUCAUUGGAUGUUUUGACAAACGAUGCGUUUGCUGCGAGGAUGAAAGAUGAGUUUAGGGCAGCGAUGAAGGAAGCUGGACGCUUGUCUGAAUAG